AUGCAGUUUAAAACACUGAUUUAUAAUCCUUUACGGAGUCGACCUGACCCGGGUCCCCAGCGCUGUGCGGAGAGCGCCAGCCCGAGAUCCCAGAGGAGCCCCGUCGGGCGGGACUCGGCCGGCGGGACAGAAACGCGGCGGGUGGCGAGCGGCCCUAGAGGCGGGCCCAGGUGGAAAACUCUAGCCAACAGAGCCUCCUUCCCGGGGCCUCGGCCGCCGUCUACGGAGCCGGCUCCCUCCCGGUCAGCUGUCCCCUCGGCACCCGGGACGCCGGGCCUGGGGUCUGACUUCCUCCGCCGAGGAACGAGAAAAGGGCGGGGCGGGUCGAGCGAGACGGAAGAGGAGGAGGUUCAAGUUCAAGUUCAAAUAGAGGCGGGGGGAGGGGCGCCGGCCUGCGGGCCCAGACCCGCGGGCAGGGACCCUCCCGGGGCAGCCGCCCCGCCCCAUGCUGGGCGCUCCGCCGCCUCCGCGGUCGGCGGACUCCGGGGGCGCGGCCGCCACUUGGAUCCAAUUUACAAGCGAAGAACGCAGGGGCCAGGAAAACAAGGAAAAACACGUUGUCACCGUCACCGCUCUCACGUGAGGAAAGUCCACCUGCCGACCCAGAGUUGUGGUGAAGUCCGCCUGCCAACCCAGAGUUGUGGUGAAGUCCGCCUGCCGACCCAGAGUUGUGGUGAAGUCCGCCUGCCGACCCAGAGUUGUGGUGAAGUCCGCCUGCCGACCCAGAGUUGUGGUGAAGUCCGCCUGCCGACCCAGAGUUGUGGUGAAGUCCGCCUGCCGACCCAGAGUUGUGGUGAAGUCCGCCUGCCGACCCAGAGUUGUGGUGAAGUCCGCCUGCCGACCCAGAGUUGUGGUGAAGUCCGCCUGCCGACCCAGAGUUGUGGUGAAGUCCGCCUGCCGACCCAGAGUUGUGGUGAAGUCCGCCUGCCGACCCAGAGUUGUGGUGAAGUCCGCCUGCCGACCCAGAGUUGUGGUGAAGUCCGCCUGCCGACCCAGAGUUGUGGUGAAGUCCGCCUGCCGACCCAGAGUUGUGGUGAAGUCCGCCUGCCGACCCAGAGUUGUGGUGAAGUCCGCCUGCCGACCCAGAGUUGUGGUGAAGUCCGCCUGCCGACCCAGAGUUGUGGUGAAGUCCGCCUGCCGACCCAGAGUUGUGGUGAAGGAAAGUGGUUUAUUGCAGAAUGCCAAGCAAGCAGUUUACGCAGCUGGUGCUUAAAAGGUCUGAACUCCCUGAUGGUCUUUAGGCAAAAGUUAUUAAAGCCAGAGUGAAGGAGGCAGGGUGUGGGGUGGAUAAUCUGCUCCCGGACAUUGUUCUGAUUGGUUGGUGGUGAGGUAAUAGGGAGUCAACAUCUUCAGCCUUCUGGUUCCAGCCAGUCUGGGCCAGUCU